AUGGCGUCGAGACCCGAACAACGAAACUUGUUGGCAGGUGUUGGAAACGACGACGACGAGAUGAAAAGAAUCCUUCAAGAAGAGUGGAAGAAGGCCCAGAGCAAGAUCGCCCAUCUCCUCAAAGGACACACCCUGCUGGGCGAAAUUGGCGUGGACAUCAAGACCAACCGUGCCGGUGAGAUUCAGGACUUUGAUACGACCACGGCAGUCAAGAAGCUUGAGGAAUUCCUGAAGAAGAACCAAGACGAGAGCAACAAGGGUGGCGAUGGUAUCAAAAGCUUUUUGAAUGUCGUCAAAUCUACUGGAUCGGUCAUCUGCGACGGCGUCUCAGUGGUAUUCGCACCAGCACCGGCGUGCUUCGGUGCUGUCGUGCUCCUUAUCGAUGGAGUGCAGAGCUACAGUGACUUCUGGGAGAACAUCACCGAUUUGUUGCACGCAUGCCAAACGUGUUUUGUGCGUCUCCAGGACCACAUGAAGAGCAGGACCAUAACCUCCCAUAUGUGUAAAACCCUGGUGGCGCAGCUACACGUCUUCUUCGAGAUCUGUGCCUAUGCAAACAGCCAGAAAUGCAGCCUGUUCCGAAAAGUUGUGGGGAAGGCGAAGCUGUUCUUCUCCAAGCAUGCAAGGGUCAAGGCACUGUUGACUCAAAUGGACAAGUAUCUCCAGGACGAGAUAGUGUCGCAGACCCUUCAGAUCGAGUUGUCGAUCGCUGACCUGCGUGCAGACAUGAACUUGGACGAGACCGAGUGGAGCAAGGCCAUUGCAAGGGCACUGGGAUUCGAUCAGAGAGAACCAGGGCUGUCGGAACUGGGGAAGCUCUACAAAGACGCGAACCCCGAGACGGGGAAAUGGAUCCAAGACAACGAGAUUUUUAAAGGCUGGAAAGACGGCACCAGCGGGGCCCCAGUUCUCGUGCUGCAAGGGGCAUCCGGCCAGGGCAAGACAUUCAUCAUGGCACGGGUUGUCCAGAUGCUGUCUGCGCUGACGUCGCGGGGGGCGAUCCUGGCUUAUUACUUCGGCCAACAGUCGGGGCCUCGGGCGCAGUCGUCUGAUCCUUCUGAGAUCAAGGCACGAACUGCCCAUGUAGUGCGGAGCAUCCUCUGGCAGUGCGCCGAGGCUGAUAAAUCCCUGGCCAAGUCAAUGGCCAGUAUCAUUGGAGCGGUCAAGGACGUGGAGGGGUCCGAAGCCUUCCACGAUAGCAUCAAACAGUGGGAAUACCUCCUGGUCGACAACGACGAGAGGAACUGGGGAGAUAUAUUCAUUCUCAUCGACGGAUUCGAGAGUUGCAGGGUUGUCCUGCCCAUGCUCGAGGCCCUUGAUCGUUACGACUACGGCCGAAUCCGCAUCUUCCUGACUUCAUCACUGGAAGGCUGGAAACCCUCGCAGUCCAGUAGUGUCAAGAGCCAAGCUCUGAUCUUAGGACAACACAAUAGCGAGGACCUGGCAACUUACAUCACCUCGGCUAUGUCCGAGAUGCGAUAUCUCAAGGAUUCGAAACAUUUACUCAUCAAUCAAUGCCGUUUGCACAUCCUGGAAAACCUGCCAUCGUGGAGCAGAGGAGACUACUACAAAAUCACCACCUUUCUCCAAGAAAUCUCCACGACCCAGAGGGAGGAGGUCAUCCGUGCUGCGCUCGAAAAGGUCCGCCAGGGACCAGAGGAACAGAUCAAAUCAUAUAUCACGGAGUUGAACAAGACACUCGACGAGGCUGAAAUAUUCGAACUAAACGAGAUCAUCAUGUGGAUCACGUCUGGGCGUCGGUCGCUGACGCUGGCCGAAAUGGAUGCGGCCGUGAAGCAGAAACAUGCUCGACAAUGGUUCUCCACCUUGAUGGAGAGAGUCGCUGGCACGUACAAGCUGGUUCUGAGUAUCAGCCCGUCCGGAUCUGUCGUGUGGCGUGAUCCAAGCACCGAGUUUUACAUCGCGAAACGACGACCAGGGACGGCCGACGUCCGAAACGAGCCGACCGUUGCCGUCCACAGGAGUGAACUGGACAUUGUGCGAGGCGAGAACAGAAUCAUCGAGCAAUUCCUCCGCUUGGUCUGCCCUUCACAAGCCAUGUUUGACCAUUUCAAGUUCAAGGAUUUUUUGGGGGCGAGGACCGGCCACCCAAAGCCCGCGGUAGGUAUUUGCAUGGACCCGGUGAACGCCAACAUCCACAUGGCGCUCGUCUGUUUUGGCGUAUUGACAGAGGCUCCGAAAGACGGGGAGAAGAGAAGUGAGGAUGUUCUCCGCGGCUACGCGCUUGAGAAUCUCCUCGACCAUUUGACAGAGGUCGAUCUGUCGUUGGUCGACGAGGUCUUGAAGACAGAGGCCGGACCCCUCCUCGCCCGACUUUUUACCGACCCGAAUGCAAUCGACGCCUUCUUCUGGACCCACCAAGACGAAUCCAGUCUUGAUCGAUGGGACAACACCGAAGGCAGGUGGCUGGGCGACAUCCGUCGGCGCUUGAUCCGUAAUCCCGACGGACUCAUCCUCCUCUCGUCGUGGUUCAAGGACGAGGUCGUCGUCGCCGGGAUCGCAGAAGAAUCACACAGACAGCUAACGUCAGCGUUCGCUCACCCACAGGCCGACCAGGACCAUAUGACGGAGAGGAUCUUUAGACCUGCGGCCGAGCGAUUGGUCCGACACCUGUUUGAGUCGAGCAGGAUAUCCACGAGAAGGCAAGAAACCGCACUUGAUUUCCUGAAAAGAUAUUUAUCAAAGCCGGAGGAGACAACUGGUGAUGAGAAUAAUAACCAGGACGGAUCGACGUUCAAGUUGUCGCUCAAGCAGGUGGAACGAAUAGAAGACUGGGCACGAUCAGUGCUGUUUCCGCAAGGUGCUCCCAACGCAAACGCUCGUGAUGCCCUGUUUCAAAUACACAUGUCCAGGAUCUUCCGUGUACACUGCCACGACCAUGGUGAAGCCAAGAGCAGAGCCGAACGGGCUCUACGACUUGAUCCGAACAAUAUCUUGGCUAAGUUUGAGGUCGGGUGGUACGAAGACGACCCAAUCGAGAUGUACGAAGAUGCGCUGGCCCAUAUAGGCGAUCCCGACGUCAAGCUUUAUGGACGAAUCAUUGCAUCCGUAAAGAUCGAACUGGGCGAUCUCUACCUAAAGAGCGAUAAGGAGGAUCGCAGGCUCAAAGCACCCAAUACCUAUCUCGAAGGGCUGAAAUACAACUGUACCUGGUUUGAAAGUUACGGGCAGAUUCUCGACGGAUAUGGCAAACGCUCGACUUGGGACGAGUUUGUCAAGUUCGUCGAGGAGUUCAACAGUCAUUCUCAUGAGUGGAAACCGCACUUGGAUGACAUGGUUUGCCUUUUACUCAAGGGGCGAGCCCGCUGUCGAAACUUUGCUCUAGCGGCGGAAACCGUGCCGAACGGGGGCGUGGUUUACGAGCUAUACGAAACAGCCUUGGAGUUGGCCAACAAAGACAAGGACGUGAUGUCUCUUUUCUAUCUGUGUCUCUCCUACGGCACCACUCUUGGCUUCACCCCCAAGAAGAAGGAGGCCAUAGCGCAGCUCGAAGGAGCUCUUCAUCACGCCCAGGACCUGGAGAACAGGGAGCGAGACGGAAACGACGCGGUGAUCGAGAAAAGCGACAUCAGCAACGCUGCCGAAGAGCUUGCCCGCCUCUAUCUGUAUCAGGCGCUGGCCCCAGAUGUCGAAGGGAUCGAAAGGCAAAAGUCAGGCCAGAAGCUCGAGGAGCUUUUGCGAAUGCGGAACGAGGCCGAGCAGAACGUGAUCAUGUCGUGCUGUGCAGCCCGUUACCACCUCUCCAGGGGCGAGCACGAAAAGAAAAUGGGUGCCGUGCAGAGAAUUUCGACCAUGGCCUCCCACAUGCUGGAAGACGACACCCCGUCCAACGACCUACUGGCAUGCACGACCCUUGCACAAGUCACGACUUCGCUAGGCAAGGAAAGCAUCGCGAUUGAUGCCUGGAAGCUGGUGCAUGCGUUGGGCGCCGACCAUGCAGACAGCGGCUCCGUCUGUGACGGGUGCGGAAAGAAGCUCGACUUGUGCAAGGGCUUCUACACCUGCGAGGACUGCGUCGGGCUCGUCCUGCUCGACCAGGCGUGUUACGCAACUCCUCGGGUGAAACCUGGAGCUCCGGGGCUGGUGUGCGACCGCAGGCACACAUUCAUCCACGUCCCUCGGUGGGAUGAGACUAAUGAUGUGUCGGACUCCGUUGAUUCCGCCAUGGAGACAUUUAAUGAGAGGGUCAAAGAAGAAAUUCUCCAGCGGCAGCCAUCGACCUAG